UCCGAGCGAUGACAAAUGCUCCGGAAAAAGAUUAAAAACACAAUGGGCCUGAUGUUAAAAAACGAUCACGAGAUUGUUGCUGCUGCUGCUACUGUUCAAGAAUUGUCGUGCUAUCUGGGAACGCACGUAUCUCUUGCUAAUUACUUACCCGUUUCAACUUCGUAGUUUUUGAGUUUAUAGUCUGUCUAGUUUUAUACACCAAAGAGUUUUAAAUAGAUUUCGUGCUCCAGCCAUGAGUACCGAGGAUGAUGUUUGCUGGUAUCACGAGAAUCUAUCAAGAGAGGAUGCUGAAAACUUGCUGGUCAAAGAUCAUCUCGAGGAUGGGACUUUUCUUGUGAGGGAAAGCAGCUCGUCGUUGGGAGAUUAUGUCCUUUCAGCAUUGUACAAUGGUGGAGUGGUACAUUACCAGAUUAGAAAGCACGGAGAGGACGCUUUUUUCUCUAUAGAUGAUGAAACAACCAUACACGGUCUAGACACGCUUAUUGAGUAUUAUCAGGAAGAAAAUCAUGGGCUCGUGACAGUAUUAAAAACACCUGUUAAAGGUAAUCCACCACCACAUGAUACACGAAGACAUGGACGCAUGAAUCUUUUACACAGGGCCACUAUACAGAAAAACUACACAAUUGUAUCAGAGCUUCUCAAGUGCGGCUACAGAAGCUUAGAUGCUAAGAAUCAGCUUGGCCAAACAGCAGUUCACUUAGCGGCCAAAGAUGGAGCAGAUGAAAUAUUAACCAAGCUCAUUCAGAGCAAUGCCAGUGUCAACUGCAGAGAUACAGCUGGCUACACUCCUCUGCAU